ACAAGCGCCUGGGUGGCGAGGGUGGCGGUGGUUCGCACGCGAAGCGGCGGUACGUAGCCCCGACGCCGGGCGUGUGCGAGCUCUCGCGCGGCAUGCGCGGCGUCCUCAUCACCUGCGACACGCACCUCGAGCACAAGGCCAUCAAAGAGGCUUACAGGCUGCUCGACGACUUGGCUGGCGGCGGCGCUGCCGCCGGCGACGGCGGUGUCGGUGGUGACGACGGCGACGGCGGCUCGGCAAGCGGAACCGCUGGUGACAAGCUUGCAGCCGAGCUGGCGGCCCUCAAGGAGGGCGGUGGCGAGGGUGGCGGUAGCGGCGGCGGCGGCACGGCACAUGCAAAGCGCUUCUCUGUGGCGCAGACCGGCUGCGCGGGGACGGUGCUGCUGCGGUUCAGCGAGGAGGCCGACGACCCGACUGAGAUUGCGAGCCGCGCGCUCGGCGAGGCGCAGGCACGGGGCGAGUCGAGCGCGCCGCACGUGAUCCGGCUGCUUCCGGUGCAGGCGGUCUGCGGCGCGACCCCCGCCGCCAUCGUGGCUGCGCUCCAGCCGCUGCUCGCUCCUCUCGCCGGGUUUGGCGGCACCUUUGCGGUCCAGUGGCGGCGGAGGCACAACACAGCCGUCGACAAAGAGAGCGUGAUCCGGGAGGUUGCGGCGGCGGUACACGCCGUCGCGCCCAAGGCGACCGUCAACCUCCGCGCCCCCUCCGCCGCCGUCGUGAUUGAGGCGCGCAUGCACCGCUCCUCCGCCACCGCCAACGCCACCGCCACCGCCAACGCCACCGCCACGACACUGCUCUCCUGCGGCGUGUCAUCCCGCGCGCCUCCGCAGGUCAUCAAGUCCGACGCGGCAGUCAGCGUGCUGCCGCGGUGGGCCGAGCUCAAGGCGUACAACCUGCGAGAGUGCGCGCGUGCGUUGCCGGAGGCAACGGCAGGGUGA